AUGCUUAUUCCUCACUAUCUUCACCACCUCAAGCUCUGCGCGAGAAAUCGAACCCUAACCACUUCCAAAGCCCUCCAUGCCCAGAUCAUCAAGCUCGGGAUCAUCCAAUCUAGCCCUUUAUCCAACACCCUCGUCAAUGUCUACGGCAAAUGCGGCGACGCUCCUCACGCUCUCAAGCUGUUCGACGAAAUGCCUCAAAGAGACCAAAUCGCAUGGGCCUCUGUUCUCACAGCUCUCAACCAAUCGAAUCUCUCCGGUAAGACCCUCUCCGUAUUUUCCUCCAGCGGUGGACUACGUCCCGACGAUUUCGUCUUCUCUGCGCUUGUCAAAGCCUGUGCUAACUUAGAAUCUAUCAACCACGGAAAGCAAGUCCAUUGCCGUUUCACAGUCUCUGAGUAUUCGAACGACGACGUUGUCAAGUCUUCGCUGGUUGACAUGUACGCCAAAUGCGGGUUUCUCGAUAUUGCGAAAUCGGUUUUCGAUUCGAUCAGAUCGAAAAACACCAUCUCUUGGACCGCGAUGGUGUCUGGGUACGCGAAAAGCGGAAGAAAGGAGGAAGCUUUGGAGCUUUUCAGGGAGAUCCCAGUCAAGAACUUGUAUUCCUGGACCGCGUUGAUCUCUGGGUUUGUUCAGAGCGGGAAAGGGCUUGAAGCUUUCUCUGUUUUCACAGAAAUGAGGAGAGAAAGAGUCGACAUUUUGGAUCCUUUAGUCCUUUCGAGUAUCGUCGGCGCUUGUGCUAACUUAGCAGCUUCGAUAGCAGGGAGGCAGGUUCACGGAUUGGUGAUAUCUCUAGGGUUUGAUUCUUGUUUGUUUAUUAGUAACGCUCUCAUCGACAUGUACGCGAAAUGCAGCGAUGUUGUAGCUGCGAAAGAUAUCUUCAGUAGAAUGCGUCACAGAGAUGUUGUUUCAUGGACGUCUCUGAUAGUUGGAAUGGCUCAGCACGGGCAAGCUGAGAAGGCGUUGGCUUUGUACGAUGACAUGGUUUCUCAAGGUGUGAAGCCUAACGAGGUCACGUUCGUUGGGUUGAUAUAUGCGUGUAGCCAUGUCGGUUUUGUAGCGAAAGGCCGUGAGAUUUUUCAGUCGAUGAGUAAGGAUUACGGAAUCAGCCCGUCGUUGCAGCAUUAUACAUGUUUGUUGGAUCUUCUUGGUCGGUCUGGACUUGUUGAUGAAGCUGAGAGCUUGAUUCAUACGAUGCCGUUUCCUCCUGAUGAACCGACUUGGGCUGCUUUGCUUAGCGCUUGUAAACGCCAGGGACAAGGUGAGACGAGUGUGAGGAUCGCUGAUCAGGUUUUAAGCAAGUUUAAACCGAGAGAUCCGUCGACAUAUGUUCUUGUAUCGAAUAUCUACGCGAGUGCUUGUUUGUGGGGGAAAGUAUCGGAAGCGAGAAGGAAGCUAGGAGAGAUGGAAGUUAGGAAAGAUCCAGGGUAUAGUAGCGUUGAGGUGAGGAGAGAAACGGAAGUGUUUUACGCAGGAGAAACGUCUCAUCCUCUUAAAGAAGAGAUCUUUGUGUUGCUUAAGGAGUUGGAGGAAGAGAUGAGAAGGAGAAAUGGUUAUGUUCCGGAUACGAGCUGGAUCUUGCACGACAUGGAUGAGCAAGAGAAGGAGAAGCUUUUGUUUUGGCAUAGUGAGAGAUCUGCUGUUGCGUACGGAUUGCUUAGAGGUGUUGAGGGGACUCCGAUAAGGAUUGUGAAGAAUCUUAGGGUUUGUGGAGAUUGCCAUGUUGUUAUGAAGCAUAUAAGUGAGAUUACGGGUAGAGAGAUUAUAGUGAGGGAUGCGACUAGAUAUCAUCAUUUUAAAGGUGGAAAAUGUUCCUGCAAUGACUUUUGGUAA